CGCUGCCAUCAUAACAUUUUUGUCAGUUGUCAGUUGAUUGUCAAAUUGGCUGACACGUGAGGGAAGUGUGAUAGUUUUCUUCUAUAGCAAAAAUGGGCGAAACCAAGCCGGUAGAAAACUCUGAAAAGGCUGAAAGUAAGAAAGCAGCCAAGAAAGAAGCAAAAAAAGCUGAAAAAGCUGCCAAAAAAGCCGAACACAAAGCCGCCAGUGGACAGUCACAGUCUGUUGUUGCUGAUGAAAAUGAUGUAUCUGUUGGAAAAUAUGGGAAUUUGCCGUUGAUCCGUUCUGAUAGUAAUAACACUAAUAAGGAUCGUAAAUUUAUUUAUGUUAAAGAAGUAAAUAAAUCUCUUGCUGGUAAUGUUGUUUGGGUCAGAGCUAGGCUUCACACUGUACGUGCCAGGGGAAAACAAUGUUUUAUUGUACUCAGACAACGGGAAUUUACUGUUCAAUUGCUGCUGAAUGUUUCCGACACUGUCUCAAAAUCUAUGGUCAAGUUUGCAAGCAACAUUACAAAAGAAAGCAUCAUUGAUGUGGAAGCGAAAGUGGUAGAAGUUCCAACAGCAGUCGCGGGUUGUUCUCAACAAGACAUUGAAUUAUUAGCAUCGCAAAUUUGGGUUGUCUCGGCUUCAGCUCCCCAACUUCCCUUACAGAUUGAAGAUGCGAGUAGACCAGAGAAGAGCGAUGAAGCCGAAGGGCUCAACAUUAGAGUCAAUCAAGACACAAGAUUGGACAACCGCGUCUUGGAUUUACGCACACCCACCAAUCAGGCAAUUUUCAGGUUGGAAGCUGGGGUUUGUCGCCUUUUCAGAGAAGUUUUGACAAGGAAAGGUUUCACUGAGAUUCAUACACCUAAAAUUAUCCCUGCUGCGUCUGAAGGUGGAGCUAAUGUCUUCACAGUCAGUUAUUUUAAAGGGUCCGCGUAUUUGGCUCAAAGUCCACAACUGUACAAACAAAUGGCCAUUGCGGCCGAUUUCGAUAAAGUAUUCACGAUUGGGGCUGUUUUCCGAGCUGAGGAUUCGAACACCCAUCGCCAUUUGACCGAAUUUACAGGUCUUGACUUAGAAAUGGCCUUCAAUUAUCAUUAUCAUGAAGUCAUGCUUUUGAUCGGAAAUUCAUUUACUGAAAUUUUCAAAGGAUUGCGCGACCAAUACAGCACCGAAAUUCAAAUAAUCGGUCAGCAGUUUUCAGUUGAGCCUUUCACAUUCUUGGAUCCUCCCCUAGUUUUACAUUUUGAUGAAGGGCGAAAACUUUUGGCGGAAGCUGGAGUUGAAGUAGAGCCUGAAGAAGAUUUGAGUACCCCUGCUGAAAAGUUACUGGGGCGGUUGGUGAAAGCUAAAUACGAUACCGAUUUUUAUAUUUUGGACAAGUAUCCAUUAGCUGUGAGACCGUUUUACACCAUGCCGGACCCUGAAACGCCCAGAUCCUCAAAUUCAUAUGAUAUGUUUAUGAGGGGUGAGGAGAUCUUGAGUGGGGCUCAGAGGAUUCACGAUCCGGAGUUACUCACAGAGCGGGCCAAACAUCAUGGAAUCGAUUUGAAGAAAAUUUCGUCAUACAUUGAUGCUUUCAAGUAUGGUUGUCCACCCCAUGCUGGAGGAGGUAUUGGUUUGGAGCGAGUUGUGAUGCUUUAUUUGGGAUUGGAUAACAUCAGAAAAACUUGUAUGUUCCCGCGUGACCCCAAACGUAUCACACCAUAAAUUGUUUUAAAAGACUUUGUUUUAUAAGAGUAACCCUUUAUACAAGUCUUUAAUAAACUUGUUUAAAUUA